AUGGAUUGGAUUAAUCCCAUUUCCAUAUUGUUUCUUUUUGUCUUUACAAUUAUGUACCUUUUGAAAAUGGGAGGCUUCUGGAAUAGCAGGAACAAUAAACAUUUUCCACCAGGACCUAGACCUCUACCAAUCAUCGGAAACCUCCACAUAAUGGAUAUGAAGAAGCCCUACACAACAAUGUUAAAGUUGUCAAAACAGUAUGGCUCCAUCUUCAGUGUCCAAAUGGGACUCAAGAAAGUGGUAGUACUGACAGGAUAUGAGACGGUCAAGGAGGCAUUGGUGAACCAGGCAGAUGCAUUUGCUGAGAGGCCCUUCAACUCGAUGCUUGCCAAAAUUUCCAAGGGCCAUGGUCUCGUUUUUGCUCAUGGUGAAAACUGGAAAGUCAUGAGGCGGUUUACAUUGACCACGUUACGGGACUAUGGGAUGGGCAAGAGGACUAUUGAAGACAAAAUUGUUGAAGAGUGCCAUUUCCUAAUAAGGAAAUUUGAGACUUAUGAAGGAAAACCAUUUGAAAUUAAGACAAUCAUGAAUGCUUCUGUUUCCAAUAUUAUUGUGUCCAUAUUACUUGGCAAGCGAUUUGAAUAUGAAGACCCCACAUUCUUAAGACUGCUGCAGUUGAUCAAUGAAAAUAUCCAGCUUUUGGGAACUCCCUCAGUCCUGCUGUAUAACCUGUUUCCUGCUCUUGGCUUUCUUUCUGGAGCUCACAAGACGCUCCUUAAUAACAGAGAUGAAUUUCAAGCCUUUGUAACUGCCACCUUCAUAGAACACCUCAAAGAUUUGGAUGAAAAUGACCAGAGAAGCUUUAUUGAUUCAUUUCUUAUCCGACAGCAAGAGGAAAAGAAGAACAAUAUUAAUGGAUACUUCCAUAAUGAUAACCUAAUAGGUGUGGUGGGAAACCUAUUUGCUGCUGGAACAGAGACCACUUCAACCACACUGCGCUGGGGCCUCUUGCUAAUGAUGAAAUACCCUGACAUUCAGAGGAAAGUCCAAGAGGAAAUUGCAACCGUUGUUGGGUCUUCCCAACCCCGGAUUGAACAUCGGACAAAAAUGCCCUAUGCAGAUGCAGUGAUCCAUGAAAUUCAGAGAUUUGGAAAUAUUCUUCCAACAAACCUGCCACAUGCUACCACUAUGGAUGUUACUCUUAAUGGCUACUUCAUCCCAAAGGGAACUGAGAUCAUGCCAUUACUGGCCUCUGUGCUGCAAGAUGAGACCCAGUGGGAGAAGCCAUACAAAUUCUACCCAGAGCAUUUUCUUGACUCUGAAGGGAAAUUUGUAAAGAGGGAUGCAUUCAUGCCAUUCUCUGCAGGUCGGAGAAUAUGUGUAGGCGAGACCCUUGCCAAAAUGGAGCUCUUCCUCUUCUUUACAAGUCUCCUGCAGAAAUUCACAUUCCAGCCAGCCCCAGGAACAUCUAAAGAAGACCUGGAUCUAACUCCUGCAGAUGGGUUUACAACACCUCCAAUGCCCUACAAGCUCUGUGCUGUGCCACGCUCAUGAGA